AUGUGUUUUGGUGCUUUGGUUGGAGAAGGACCGGGUCUGGAGAUGGUAGCAAGAAACGGUCAGGUUACGAUGACGAUUCUCAAGGCUCGUUUCGGAAGUGAUGUGCGAAAGACACCGCUUCAUCACGGAAAUGAUCUCACGCUUAAUGACCUGACUCUAAUGCUGCAACGAAUCUUUAAAAUCGGUUCCGCCGAGGCGAUACUGUUGAAGUAUAAGGACAACGGUACGUUUUGA